AGAAUUGUGGAAAUCAAUGGCUGUCGGUAGAAUUCCCAUCCUUACAUAAUUGAAACAGGCCUCACGAUUCAAAAUCCAAAUUGGCACUCAGAGCUUCGACACGCACUGCUGAUCCCAGAGAAAAUGGGGACGCCCAUCAUAGCUGCUCAACCUUUACUCUGCAACAACUCUUUUCUACUGAUUAAACCUUAUGCUUCCUCCUUCCCUUUCCAAUUCUGCACACCACAACAACCAAUGCUUUCUCGCUCAAUCUACACAAAAACCGCCUUACAACCCUUGCCCCGUCGCCGGAAUUACUCUCCCAUCUGCCCUGCCGCUCGCCGGAAGCCAACAUUGGUCGAUUCUCCGGCCUUUUCCGACGAGGGUAAUUCCGAUGUCCGACGGGUUCUUCAAAUUCUGCUAUGGGCUGCUGAGGGGGUUUACGUUUUGUGGUUAUUUCUCCUUCCUUAUGCCCCGGGAGAUCCUGUAUGGGCGAUCAGUUCUGAAACAGUGAAUUCUCUUGUGGGUCUUUCUCUUAACUUCUUUUUUAUAUUGCCUGCUAUGAACUCUGUCGGCAUCCGUCUGAUUGAUGCUCCUGUUCUUCACCCAAUGUCUGAGGGACUGUUCAAUUUUGUCAUUGCAUGGACGCUCAUGUUUGCUCCACUGCUGUUCACCGACCGAAGGAGGGACCGGUACACUGGUUCAUUGGACCUAUUGUGGGGCUUUCAGAUGUUCCUUACCAACACCUUUUUGAUACCUUAUAUGGCCAUCCGGCUUAAUGAGGGUAGCAAAGACUCUGCCCCGCGACCGCAGUCGAAACUGGGCUCUUUGAUGACGACUAGAGCGCCUGUUGUUGGCCUGAUCGGUGGUGCAGCAUGCAUCAUAUCAAUAAUCUGGUCUUUCGUUGGUCGAGCAGAGGGUAAUUUUGGAGGUAUAGCAGAGAGAUGGGAGUUCUUGAUCCAAUAUCUAUCUUCAGAGAGGUUAGCAUACGCAUUUAUUUGGGAUAUUUGCCUUUACACUGUGUUCCAGCCUUGGUUGAUUGGAGAAAAUCUUCAAAAUAUGAAAGAGAGCAAAGUUGGAAUUGUAAGCUCUCUUAGAUUUGUCCCUGUUGUUGGCUUAAUUGCGUAUCUUCUUUUUGUGAAACUUGAUGAGGAAUUAUAACAUCACCUUGGUAUGUAAAUCAUAUAAAAACUAAAAAUAUAUGAUGAAUUUGAUUCUUUGCAAUACUUAUUGCAACUUGUUGAUGAAUAACAUUUGCCCAAUUCACUUA